AUUGUUUUUGGUUGAAACAACUUAAAAAUCUUGACUAAAGAUGCUUUAAUGGUGACAAAUUUUAUGAGGGAGAGGGAGUAUGUUUAAAAACAAAUAGAACUCGUCUUCGGCGCAUAUGACUUCUUUUUAUUUUGAUUGAAGGGGAUUUCUUGAUUAAAAAACCUUCUUCCCAUUCCCUUCCAUCAAAAGGCCGGCUCCGCCUUUAACCUUCGCGCCCCCGAGGUACGGCAAUGGGGCAAAGCAGCGGGUGGAGGCUGCUGGCCGCCGAUUUCGUGAUGUCCUUCAUGUGGGUAUGGUCUAGCGUCCUCAUCAAGGUCUUCGUCUACCGAUUUUUGGUGUUCGGCCACCACGACCUGGACGGCGAGAUCCUCAGGCAUGCCCUAGCCGUCGCCGUCAUGUUCUUCUUCGCCUUCCUCGGAAAGGUCACCAUCGGCGGCGCCUACAAUCCCCUCACCGUCUUGGCGUCCUCAAUCUCCGGCGAUUUCAGUAAUUUCAUCUUCACAAUCGGCGCCAGAAUCCCCGCCCAGGUGCUUGGGUCGAUUGUUGGAGUUAGGCUCAUCCUUGACACAUUCCCUGACAUAGGAAGAGGACCUCAGCUGAAAGUUGACAUCCAUCAAGGCGCUCUAACGGAAGGAUGUUUGACAUUUGCCAUUGUGAUAAUCUCACUCGGGCUCUCAAGAAAGAUUCCGCCGGGUAGUUUCUUCAUGAAGACUUGGAUCUCCAGUCUCUCAAAAGUCACCCUUCACGUGCUUGGCUCUGAUCUCACUGGGGGGUGUAUGAAUCCAGCAUCUGUGUUAGGUUGGGCUUAUGCUCGCGGGGAUCAUAUAACGAAAGAGCAUAUACAAGUAUAUUGGAUGGCUCCUAUCCAAGGCACUCUUUUGGCGGUAUGGUCAUUUAGGUUGCUAUCCCCGCCCCAAAAAGAAGACGAUGAAAAAACAAAAGCCAAGAAGUUAGAUUGAAGAUGUUGUAUUGUAAUUAGUCUAAGAUCAACCAUUUAAAGCUUAUUACAUCUGGAAGGUAUUGAAGAUCUUGUAAUUAGUCUGAAAAUUAAACCACUUUAAGCUUAUUGUUGCUCAGAUUUAGAAAGGGUU